AUGCCUCCUCUAUCGGCAUACACUUCAUUUGAGUCGCUGCUCUUCUUCCAGUCGCUAGCGAUCUCCGAUUCCAAACCGACCAGCUUUGGAUCUAUUUCAACAUUCCUGCGCAACAACCCGUUAGUGCGCGAGAACGUAGAGUUCAAUGCGGAUCGCCUGACACCGGAGGCGCUGGAAGAUCUGUAUGCGACUUUGAUGCGCGAUGGGUUCAAUAAAGACGCGGUACUCCCUGUCAAUGGUCGAUCGACAGAUACCUCCAGCCCUCCCAACCCGAAGAAGCGCAAGAUCUCGAGCCCGCGACCAGAGGGAUUAGUCGAUGGGGUCACACAUGCCAUGCUUAUUCCAGAGUUAGUGGCACACCUAUACGCUAAAUACAGAGAUCUCGUGACCAGAGAAAUCAGGGAUGAUGAGAAGCAGUAUACAGAGAUCAGGGCGGAGCUCGAACGGCUACAGAAGGAGGAUGACCAACCCACAGAAGCAAAGGCAGCACGCACGGAGCCCACGGAUGUUGAUGUAAAGGAAGAAACGCCUCGUCAAAACGUACAAGAUCGGACAGACAAGCCUCUAGCAGCGACAGUCCCACACGCGCACGGCAAGCCAGCUCCGCCAGAACCACGGCCACAGCGUGUCGAAGUGAACGUGCCUCCGAGUCAAGAAAUUCCGAAGACACAACCAGCUCCUGUUGGCCAAACGCACCUUCAACCGCAAGCACAGACUUCUGCGCCCGAAGCUCCAGGAGCUGGACAACCACAACCGCCGGCCGCCAACAUCCAACCCUUGGCAAAACCGCCUGUCCAGCCCCAGCUUGCUCCCUCUGCCCAGAAACCACCUACCACACCCGCCGCAGCGCGUGUCACACCGGCUCAUCCCUCGCAAAUCGCACCCCGCGCCCAUCCUACGCCUACACCCCUUCCCGGUAAGCUUGGGCCUGCACUCCCGCCGGCCCCUCAGCGCACUCCAGCUCAGCCAAGCUUCCAGCAAUGGCAGCUAGACCCUUCUCCCCACUCCACCUAUCCCGCCAUUUCUCCGGGUGCUGCUACUCCACAAGCUGCCCAAGCCAAUAUCAAACGACCUGUACCACCUCUCUCUACCAACCAACCAGCACCGGGGUCGCAAGCUCCCGUUCCAUUCCAAUCUCCUGUCCCAAAUACACCUGGUGCUGCCUCCGCGGUCCAAACCCCUGUCCCAAUUGGCCGACCUCGCGUCUCUCAAACUCCAAGUUCCACAUUCCCUUCAUUUUCUGAAUCGCGUGCUUCUCAUCCACGACUGUCAAUCGACACACAAGGUUCCUCAACGCCAUGGAAAAGGACGCCUCGUUUGAGCAUUCCAAAGUCCCCACCCUCACCCCCACGGCCACUACCAGAGGAUGUUAGUCCGAUCAGUGAAAGGGCACAAUCGCCAAUCGAUGCGAUGGACAUGUCACCUCCCCCGAGGAUGAAUCGAGGUCAACGAGCCCGAUCCCCCGAAGAGAAGAAACCUCGGCGUGGCCGUGCCGACAGCAAGUCUACUGCUAAUGUCAAGACCGAGAAAUCUGAGAAACCAGCUUCGACUCGAAGGACACGUGCCGUAAGUUCGGUCUCUUCCCAGAGUCGUGGACGGUCCCUGGCUUCUCGUGGUGAAUCCCCUGUGCCUUCAGAGCGAACAACAAGCCGCCGGAAGGGCGCAACUGCCACUGCCGGUGAAGAAACCCCCAAGGCUCGCUCCAAACGCAAGCGCGGACCAAGUGAAGCAUUAGAACAAGAACCCCACCCUUCAGACAUCCCGAAGUUUGACACAACUCAGUAUGUCAUGGCAACGCGCAAUUUCCACCGCACUGCCGCUCCUAUUAUGAAUGAUGUGGCUACCCACAAGCUUGCGUCCAUCUUCGGCAAGCCAAUUGGGGAGCGUGACGCACCUGGCUACCACGACCUCAUCUACCGUCCACAAGAUCUCAAGUCUAUCAAAUCUGCCAUUCAUCAGGGAAGCAAAGCAGUCGCCACGGCUGCAGAAUCCGUCAGCACCCCUGCUGGAGAUGGAGAGUCACCCGCCCCCGGUGGUACACCGUCCAAGAAUGGCGUCCUCAUGCUGCAGAAGAGCGAGGACUUCGUGCCACCAAAGGGAGUUGUCAACUCCGCACAGCUGGAGAAAGAGUUGAUUCGCAUGUUUGCCAACGCCAUAAUGUUCAACCCCAUCCCCCAGCGGGGAUUUGGACCCGCCUUCCCCAUGACAAGUGACCGUGGCUCGCGCGAAAGUACACAAGUCGGCGAUGGCGAUGAGGGUGGUAUCAUCCAAGAUUCUCUAGAGAUGUUCGAAGACGUCGAACAAGCCGUUACCAGGUGGCGCGCUGCUGAGCGUACUGCGGACGAACUGGCUAAUAAGAAUAUUCUUUCUCUUCGUCGUGGCAGUGCUAGUGAUUUCAACACUGACAGUGCGGACGACGUGAAAGGGUGA